AUGGAGCAGGCGUCCUGGUCGCUGACUUCUCAAGCGGCGGCGGCGGCGGACCUGGCGCUAGGCCUGGCGCCGGCCGGACACCGCCACGAGGAGGAGCAGGACCAGGUCAAGGUGACGGCGUGCGUCGGCGGGAAGGAGGCGCGGCUGUUCCCGUGCCUCUUCUGCAACAAGAAGUUCCUCAAGUCGCAGGCGCUCGGCGGGCACCAGAACGCGCACAAGAAGGAGCGCGGCGCCGCCGGGAGCUGGAACCCCCCAGGCAGCAGCCUCAGUGCGGCUUCCGUGUCCGUGCCGCUCGCCUCGCAUGGCGGCGGCAACGCCGCAGAGCCCCCAGCUGCUAGCGUCAAGCUCAAGCUGGAGUGGCCUGACGGUGGCGCGGCGCUCUUCACGGACCACGCCUUGCUCCCGGCGGCACCGUCAGCUGACCGACCCUUCAUCAGGUCGUCCGACGGCACCGUGGACAUGCUCAACUGGACAAGGACAUCCCGCGCCGCUGCACCACCGGAGAGCGCGGACACCAACCCCGCAUCAUCCUCCGGUGCCGGCGAGGAGCUGGACCUGGAGCUGCGGCUCUAG